AUGAUUCUUCAGGUUUUUCUCAUGGCCUUCUUUGCGUUUGAAUGUAAUGGUCGAGUCGUCAGACCGCACGAGAACUGUAGAGAUAACGUCUGCUACUUUGAAUUUAACGUCGAUUACAAGUUCACAAUGAUGUGGUACAACUAUACAGAUAUUAAGGACCCGGAUUAUAACCCUGUCGUCCUUAGAAACGGACUUCUCUCAAGACGAAUCACAAAUUCUUCCUGCUCGGAUACUUUCAUUCCGCUAACAAAAGAAGGAUGGCAGUCUGUCCAUGUUUUGUCAUUGGAAAUCCGCUUGAGGGAUAAGGCAGGAGAUUUUAAAGAAAACGUUAGCCCUGGAGAUGGUAAUUACAGGUUGGCUCUAGCUUUCAACGGACAAAUACCUGGACCUGAUAUUGUUGUUUACGAGGAUCAAAUUGUUUCUGUCCUCGUGCACAAUCUUUUGGAAGUGGAGGGAGUUAGCAUUCACUGGCAUGGUAUAAAACAAAGAGGAACGCCCUUCAUGGAUGGAGCCGAUAUGAUAUCCCAAUGUCCCAUUUUGCCAAAACAAACUUUUGAGUACAGAUUUGUUGCUUCACCUGUUGGAACACACUGGUAUCACUCACAUACAGGGAGUAUGCGAUCUGAUGGGUUGGCAGGUGCUCUCAUUGUGUUACCCAGGAUAAGACCAUCUAUAAAAAUUCCACGUCAGCCAAUGCCAGAUGUUGAUGCCGAGUUUUCUGUUGUUCUCAUGGAUUGGGGCUCGGGGUCACAAACGGCCAAAGAAUUGAUUCAGGCCGAUAGAGGGAUAUUUGGAAUGUUAGAGGAAUAUGACGGGACUUGUUUGCCGUUGCUCCGACACCCAGAUGGUUCCGGAAAAUUAUUCCAACUUCGUACUGGCCUUGUGAAUGGUCGUGGAAGACGAUACAUCCUUAAUGAUCCGAAAAUGCCAGAGAAGCCUUAUCUUCCAUUAGAGACUUUUACUGUGACACAAAACAGAUAUUACCGUUUCAGAGUGAUAAAUGCUGGAUUCGACGCCUCUUUUGAAAUUUCAAUAGAUGAUCAUAUGCUUGACAUCGUUGCUUUUGACGGAAGUGACGUGGCGCCAUUCAGAACGGAUUUUGUCACCUUAUCAAUAGGGGAAACCUGUGAUUUCAUAAUAUACACAGGGCGCCCCCUAGAUAAUUAUUAUAUUAACUUUUUUACAACCACGACAAUAAGAGGACCAGGGGCAGGGGCGGAGAUAGUUAACCGGGCCCGUACCUAUUGUGUUUUGAAUUACCGCGGAGUGGACGAGAAUCAGACACCAUGCCAACGCCAGAGGGCGUGCACACAGAGUUCACCUUGCCUAGCAGUUAACCAAGUAUACGGCCUAUAUCCAUCACACGUAAACAUAAGAAAUGUGCCUAUAGCAAGCUUAAAAUCAACUGAAUUGUCCUUAGCGAGGAAUCCUGUUCCAAUUGUCGGGCCUGGUGAUGCUAGACAGUUGUUUUUCCUUAAUUUUUAUCUAUUUGGUGGAAGACCUCUAAUUAAUGGAAUUUCAUUCCGUAAACCUACCUCGGCACUUCAGACAUUCCCUGGCCUGGGUGCUAUUACUCCUUGUGGUCCGGAAACGUGUACUUCUCGAGGCUGCAGAUGCACACAUAUACUGAAAUUCGAGCUGGGAAAUAUAAUCGACAUUGUCUUCUUCACAUUCAGUGAUGUCAAAGUUCAUCACCCAAUCCAUUUGCAUGGCCAUCAUUUUCAUAUCCUAAAAAUUGGAUAUCCCGUGUAUGACCCGGAAACCGGAAAUGCUAUUGCAAGAAACCCGGAUAUAAGAUGUUUAAAUCAGCUUUGUACAGAAGCAACAUGGGCGGAUCCAUCUUGGAAUACUGGAAAUAUUCCUGGUUUAAAUCUAGUUGAUCCUCCUUUGAAAGAUACCAUCAUUGUUCCUGUGAAUGGUUACGUCAUCGUGAGGCUAAGGGCAGAUAACCCAGGUUUCUGGUUCAUGCACUGCCAUCUUACACAUCACCAGGAGGAAGGAAUGAGUUUGGUUGUACAGGAAGGUGAUAUUUCGGAUAUGCCUCCGGUCCCACCUAACUUUCCCACAUGCAAUAACUUCCGGUUCAAUCCGGAACAAUGGUUGACGUCACUGAAUAAACAGGAAGCGAAACUUCUUGCAAAAGGAAUUAAACCAAGCUACAGAUCUGGGGCAGUAACACAGAGAUCGAGCUUUAAAGAUUCACCGCUUUGUAAUAUGUAUCCAGAUUUAUGCAAAAGACCUGUGUACUAAUCAAGAAAGAUCUUCUGUGAAGGAGCAAUGCAUGUAGAAGAGCGUAUUCAUGUAUGCGUGGAUAUGAAACCUCUCCACUAAUCAAGAUAUUGAAUGAAUGAGCAAAAUAUGCAGAAGAGAUAUUGUUUUCUUUUCGUUUAAUUAACUGGAGUUUAUUCUUAGCUAAAGUAAACACUUUACAUUUAGCAUACAC